GCCACAUCCGGGUCCCGCUCUCCCCCCUUCCCCCCUUCCCCCACCAACCUCCGCCGCCGCUCGCGCCCGGCCAUGGCGGAGGCCUCGGUGGGCAGGCAGAGCCCCAGGGUGGUACCAUACCCAGCCCACAGCCUUUGUCCUGGAGAGCCCAGCCUUCAGAGCGCAGCAGUUGUGUCAAUGGGCUCAGCUGAUCACCGACUGAACCUAGCAGAGAUCCUUUCGCAGAACUACGGCGUACGGGAAGAAAGGGAAGAAGAAGAUGAUGCUCAGGAGAAACAGAAGUCUUUAGAAGAGCUGGAGAAGAGUUUCAGUGCCUCUCAGCUGCUGUUGUUCUCGGUGAUUGUUCCAUGCCUGAUGAAGCUUUGUCCUCCUCUCGCUCAGAGCAGUGAAAUGCCAUUUGAGGAGCUGCUUGCACUUUAUGGCUAUGAGGCAUCCGAUCCCAUUUCAGAGCAGGACAGCGAGAGCAAUGACAUCCCUCCAAAUCUCCCUGAUAUGACUCUGGAUAAGGAACAAAUAGCGAAGGAUUUGCUUUCAGGGGAGGAAGAGGAGACACAGUCUUCAGCAGAUGAUCUGACCCCGUCGGUCACCUCCCACGAUGCAUCAGACCUAUUCCCAAACCAGCCUGGCUCAAACAACUUCCUUGCUGAUGAAGACAAAGAGCCCUGCUCAUCUCCAUGUGCUUCCUCCAUGGCUGAGGAAUCAGAGGAGGAUUCCAUGCCAUCUAGCGAGUGUAAGAAGGACAUCAGCAUUGGACCUCAGUUCCAAGCCACUGUUCCCAUCCUGCACUUAAACAGGCACAGUGAAAAAGCCUAUGAAAAUGAAGAUCAGCUGCUUUGGGACCCAAACAUCCUACCUGAAAGAGAGGUUGAAGAGUUCCUAUACCGUGCCGUGAAGCGGCGGUGGGACGAGCUGUCUAGCAGCAGCCUGCCAGAAGGAGAGAUGGUGAAAGACAACGAACAGGCUUUGUACGAGCUGGUGAAAUGCAACUUCAAUGCAGAAGAGGCAUUGCGGAGGUUGCGGUUCAACGUGAAGGUUAUCAGAGAUGAGCUUUGUGCGUGGAGUGAAGAAGAAUGUAGAAAUUUUGAACACGGCUUCAGGGUCCAUGGGAAAAACUUCCAUCUUAUCCAGGCAAACAAGGUCCGUACUCGGUCAGUGGGAGAAUGUGUGGAAUAUUAUUACAUGUGGAAGAAGUCAGAACGCUACGACUACUUCACUCAGCAGACUCGUUUAGGAAGGAAGAAGUACGUCCUCCACCCUGGAGCCACGGAUUACACUGACAAUGAUUUGGAUGGGGGUGAGGUGGAAAACGCCAGCCGCUCUCGGAGCUCCCCUCCCAUCCCCUCUGCCACCAGCUGCCUGGAUUCUCACUUUGGCCAAGACCAGCUAGCAAUUGAGAGCACAGAGCCCCUGAGCGUGGAGAGCACAGCCUGCAGCCUGGGCAGCAUGAGUGAAUCGGGACAGGGCUACGAGUGCAGUACUCCUUCAGAGACAAAUUGUUCCUUCGACCCUGCAGAAGAAACCUCCUCAGGCACCAUCUCUGCUUCCUGCACACGGCAUGCUGUCACCCCCUCGGACACAGGGCUCUUUGCUUUGCCACCAGCAGGACCAGGACUGGCAGAGAAGCAGGAGACAUUACAAAGCUCUGGUGAGACGAUAACCAUGGACUUCACUCUCCCUGCAGACAUUAAUGAGGGUUUGCCUUUAAUUGCUGGCCCUGUGGAUUUGGGCAGAGACCCAGAGGCAGCGGUGGCCCCUGCUCAAGUGUCCUUAUCGGUCACAGAUUUUGGCCUCAUUGGCAUCGGAGAUGUAAAUAGUUUCCUGACUGCUCAUCAGGCCUGCUCAGCACCUGUGGCUCGGUCAGAGCCUUUGUCGCAGUGAGAAUCUUCAGUCACAAACCUGUCACGGACCCAGCAAGGACUUGGACCUGACUGAGUCAAAUCCUGGAACUUCCACUGUUCUGUAGGGACAGUUUGGAGCUCUUGGUCAGAAUCCGUCUUUCCAUCCUCCUUGAUCCAAGGCUACAGUGAAACCAAACACA